CCGCAGCGCCCGGGCCGCUCCCGCCAUGCGGCUCUGGGUGCUCCUCAGCCUGCUGCUGCUGCAGGAAGCGCUGCCACACGUUGUUGGACAGCCUGCGAAGAAUAAGCGUCCCAAAGAACCUGGAGAAAACAAAAUUAAGCCUGUUAACAAGAAAGUAAAACCCAAGAAUCCCAAAAUGAAGGAGAGAGAGUCUGUGGAUUCCUCUUUGAAGUCCCAGUCCAUACUGACACAGGUGAUGGAUAAAGGUCAUUUCCAGAAACUAGCUGCCACCUUAAGCCUGGCUGCAGGACAAAGCAUAGAGCUGCGAUGUAAGGGGAGUAAUGUUACUUGGAACUAUCCUUCUUAUUUAGACACCUUUAAAGACUCCAGACUCAGCAUAAAGCAGCUUGACAGGUACAGUCAGCUGAUCCUUGCAAACUCCACAGCUGCAGAUACAGGUGAAUACAGCUGCUGGCUUCAGCUGUGCAAUGGUAACAAAUGCAGGAAGGAUGAGACUAAAACAGGAUCAACAUACAUCUUUUUCACAGACAAAGAGGAGCUUUUUGUACCUACUCCCAGUUAUUUUGAGAUUGUGUACCUGAACCCAGAUAAACCUGCAGUCAUCCCAUGCCGUGUUACUACUCCUUCAGCAAAAGUGACUCUUCACAGGGAAUUUCCAGCAGAAGAAAUUGAAACAGAUGGAACUUAUAUUUUUUAUGAUGCAAAGAAGGGUUUUGUCUUCCAGCACCCUACUUCUGAUCAUAAAGGUAUUGUCUACUGCAAAGCAGAGUCACAGGGAGCACCUCAGAUUUCCAUCAAAUAUCACCUACUGUAUGUGGAAGUUCCCAAGGGCCCACCCUCAACCACAAUUGCGGUGUCAUCCAGUAGAGCCGGACUUGGUGAUAGAGUUCAUGUCGUCUGCACAGUCCUUGGGGAGCCAGAUGUGGAUGUGAACUUCAGGUGGCAGUAUCCAGGGCAAGAGUCCGGGAGGCCUGUGAUUAUUCAAAACUUCUGGAGAUUGAUAAACAGAGGAAUUGGCCAUACUACAAGACUCUCAAAGAGUGUUCUUCUUGUGGAGGAUUUUGAAGACACAGAUGUGGGAAACUAUAUUUGUAUAACUCAGAACCUACAAGGAGAAACAACCGUAGCUACAAAAGUUGAACUGAAGUGAUAGAAAAGACUUCUGGUUAUGGACUGACCUGUACGUUGUUUGACAUUAUAGCCAUUAGUUUUCUUUAUUAAUAUUUAAAUGUAGCUUCUCUCUCACUGUUUCUUUUAUAUGUCAAUGCAUUUCGUGUUGAUGAGCUUGACAGGCCACAACAGAGUGUCCUGUCAAGCAGUAGUGAGUUAAUGAAACUACGAUGAAGCAUUAAAGUGUAAGUCUGAACAUGCCUAGGGUGUGUGCAUAUUUAGAAACAGGUGCUCUUUGGGCUUUCCUUUGCAUAUAGUCUUUCCCUCAGACUCUUGCAUGAGGUCAAGUCCACGCUGUGUGGAGCGUGCAAUUUUAACAGUAAGAGUACUGUACAUGUUUAAAACAACAACAACAAAAAAGCAAACUAAAAAAGCCUUGUAACAAAGUUAGCCAAUAGCAGUUGUUUAUUUUGCAAGAAUAAUUAAAUUUCUGAACAUCAUGAAAACAUAAACGUGUGUGUGCUCGUUUUCAUACGUAUGUAAAGACAAACACAAAAUUUUCUCUCCUGGUGAAGAUUAAUACCCUCUAGGACCUUAAUAUAUAUUUAGUAUCUCCAGAGACUUGUAAGUAGUUGGGUAUACUCGAUUUUCCUUAUGUUGUUGCAUUCCUACACCCUUACAAUAUGUAGCUUACUUAAUAGUUCACUCGUUAGAUGUCUGGUGUUAUGUUUAGUAAAUUACGUAGCAAAUUAUGAUUGCUAAAGGUAAAACUUGCAUUUAUUUAUAUAUUUGCAUUUACAGAACAGAAAAAAAAAAGGCAAAAAAGCAAACAUUAGAAUAAUGUUCAGUUUUACAGCAGAGUUUCUUCUUAGGUUAGUAACAAGUUCAACUUCAUUAUAUUAAUUUACUUAGAAGAAAAGGAAAGAUAUUUUCAUUUACACAGAACUAUACCUGGAUAAAUAAGCCACUGCUUCUCUCACCCUGGGUUCAGUACAAAGAAAGAACUUGCCAGAGGAGAAGGUAAGAACUUGAUAACAACAUUAUUGGACAUUUUGGCAAUGUUUGGGGUUUUUUUCUUAGUCUCAAGCACCAACUUUAUGUGGGCUAGAACUUUAAAUACAAUCUACUCCUUAGUAGUGAAAUGACAAAAACCAUUUAAUGCAAGCCAUGUUACUUACAAGGCAAGUGAAAACCAGCUUUUUCUGAACACACAAGAAAGCAAAGCAGGAACUGGUCCCUUGGUCACACACUUCCCUCUGUUUCAGCCUGCGUUUGACUGGAAUUCCUAAAACUUUCUUCUGCUGAAGGCCCGAGGUAGCCCUGUGCUCCAGCUGAUUCAGACCUUUGAGCAGAUGUACAGCACUGUUUGGAAUAGUGACAGCUCUAAGUGCUAAUGUAAAAAUGGCAGCUUCCCACUAAAGUCAGUGAUCUGAUUAGUAGUGUAGCUAAUGAAAACAUUAAACAAGCUUGCUGAAUGCUUUUUCUUCAGCAUGCAGGAACCUAAACCAAUUUAACUGAUAAGAGAAAUACCCAUGGUAAAGACUGAAAUGGUUCCAUGCAGGUCUCAUGUGAUAGGCUACAUGGAGAACAUUCCCCAGGAACUUUUUUCAUCUCUGGUCUCUGAAAAUAAGGUAUCUAAAAAAAAUUAAAACAAUAUGCAGUAGAGCUAACUUUGAAGGUGUAAGAGGCAAGGUUAAUCUGUUAAAAUGUAUCAAGAACAUUACGCUGUAAUCCAAAGACUAAGUAGGUUAUACAAUUUCAUAGUAAUACCUAAAAAAGAUCUUUGGGCCAUUUUUUUAGGAAAAAAAUGUCCUUGUAUUGCGUGGGUGCUUUUAUUCUGACCAAAUUAACUUUAACAGUCAUUGAGCUUCUAGGUGAGGCUGUGCAAUGUGAUAAUUUCCUUUUCAGCAUUUUCAUUCCUCAGACCAAUGUAUUUUCCUUUGAACUAAAGGAGUUGUGCCAGCUUUUUGAAUUUCAAAGUGCAUUUGAGCCUGUAAUUCAACAAUUGAUUUUCUUCUCAAAGUAUCUGGGAAGUGGGAGAUCAUGUCACCUGCCCACCUUUGUUCAGCAGCUCAGUGGAGGCAUCACUUCUUGAUGACAGUUUGGCAGGAGAGGAAAGAUGGUGUAAAUCCAUUGCUUGAGUAUUCCCCUGGGGUGUAAUGGUUAUGCCUAACCAUCACAUGCAGGCCUCAAGACUGACACAGAAGCAGUGCCUCUAAGGAAGAGUUUUGGUGGGUGUCACAUCCUGUCCCUCCUUUCUGUCCUUGUCCUCCCACCAAGCAUGAAAAUAAUUAUUGUAAUUGAAAAACUAUGAGAAUUCUUUUACUGUGUAUUUUACACAGUUUUUAUUUUACCAAAAGCCUCUUGGGCAGAGCUGAUGUUACAUUGAUGCAGUUAAUUGCACAUUUCCACCUAAAUGAACAGUGACAGGGGAAGAAAAUGAAGCCUGGGAAAUAAAAUUUAAGUGACUUGUCAAAGUUACAUGCCUAAAGCUGCCAGUGCUGUUAUUUCUAUUUCUAUACCUGUGUCACUGCUCUUCUAAGGAAAGGCAGCAGCAGUGGUCAGAAGGUAUUUUUUUCUUCAGGGUUCAGUGGUUAUCCCAACUUUAUGAUGACCUUUUUAGCUGCAGCUCAGCCCUAAAUGAUUUCCUGGCUGUCAGACAAGAUCAGUGGUUGGUUACUGUAUAGAAGGAAUUUCAUGACACCAGUUUACAUGGAAGUGUCUUUGGAGUUAGUAAUGAGAAACAUCAAGUCUUUAGUUAGCUCAAGGAAAUGAUUCACCUCAACUUUUAUAAAAAAUACAGUGCAACUUACACAAUGACCUUUAGAGAAAAGCAUUGAAGGUGAACCAUACUAUGCAUAGUUUGAAUGGCAAAAAACUAUCUGGUACAGCUGUUAAAUGUCACCAUAGCUUCCUCUGAAACCUAUCAUUAGGGAUGGAACA